UCCGAACAGCGCAUCGCCCACGUCGCUUGUGUUCACUUCCCACAGACGGACAAAAUGUCAUGGCCACGCGCAUCGACGACCGCUGGCUGUGGCUGGGCGCCGGCGUCUUCUUCUACUUCGCCGCCAAAUACGUCAAGCACGCCGUGACGGACAUCGUUCGCCUGACCGAACUCGAUCCUGCACAAUUCCCAGCCAACGAUGCCGACCACGGCGCUCACCCGGAAGAGAGCAUCGAAGUGAAGACGCUGAAGACUCUAUGUCAGUCGCCGAACCCGUCGAUUGCGGCUGCGGCGCACUCGCUGGUCAUCAGACGCUUUGCAGCUCAGCCCAACGCUAUAGACAUCCUUCGACGCGAUAUCGACUCCAAGAACCCAGAGACGAGUCGUAGGGCGAAACAGGCUGUGCAGUAUCUGUACGACUUCGACCUGGAGCUUCGAGAUUCUCUUCCACGCGGCGGUCUAGAUGACCUAGACAUGCCAAUGGAAUAUGCAGAUGACGUUGCCUACAGAGACGAGAAUGGCGAGCUGCAGCUCAUGGAUGUCGAUGACUGGAACGCAAUGGCGAGAGCUAGGAACAGACAACAGAACUCACUUGACGACGAGAGAGCCAUGGACGUCGUGGCCCGGUUGGAGGAGCUAAGUGAGGAAAGUGCCAGGACGGAAAGAGAGAUGGAUGACUUGCAAGCUCGAGCCAAUCACGCAAGGUUCGCUGGCUGGGACAGAAUUCCUGCACCGAUUCGACCUUCUUUUGCGUCUGGCGGGCUACAGGGGAACGAAGCGGAGGACAGGAGGAGACGACACAGAGAGGCGAUGGUGUUGCACGAGGGAGACGGACGUAUUGAGGAAGAAGAUAUUAUCCGUCCCUCGGCCUCCAGAUGGCCAUGAGCGCAGGCGCAUACGUCCGGAACCUCUACCUGGUGUGCCUUGAUGGCAGUCCUUACAACCUAGACGAGACUUUCGGAAUGCAGCAAGCGCAAACCUCACCUGACUUUCGAUAACGUUUCUACAUUGUGACUGA